GAUUGGCUCCCGCCUGCGAGGUUCCCGCUCCUAGCCUGGAUGUUGUCGUUAUGGAGCGGGACGGGGAAAAAUUCGCUUUCUUUUUUUUUGGCUUUUUUUGCCUUUUUUCUACCGCUCUACGCGCGUUCUUGCAGCGUUGCGCGCGGGUGAGCGCUUGGAGCUGCUGUCACCGCUCCCUUCGUCCGCUCUGCGCCGCCAUGGAGGCAGCGGGACCCUCGGGACCUCCGCGGGGCCGCGGUCGGCAUCGCGACAAGCACCGGGAUCGCGACAUGGACCGGGAUCGCGACAGGGACCGCCGGCGCCCGGUCCUUUCUCCUCUGCAACCCCCGUUGCGCCUCCCCCAGGGUGCUACAUUCUGAGCCACAAGCUGCCCUCGGAGGACCCUUGGAGAUUUUGGCCCUUGGAGGCUGCUGAGGGGAGGCUCCUGAGAUAUGGCUGUGAUGCUGAGUCUGGAGGAGAACAAGAAUGAGGACAACGACUCUGUGUUGGAGAAUCUUUUUACUGCUAAGAGUAAGCAUGGAAGAACUGCGUCCUGGAAGCAAUACGUGCCCAGAAUCAUCACUGGAGUAGGGACAGCGCUUUUAAUCUCCAUUAUCAUCUGUGAGUGUUCCCAGGUGGUUUUGUGGCUCUGCCCUGUGGCCUCAGCUGCAGGAGGGGGGGGGGGGGGGGAAAAAAAGGGGGCUCGGUGCAUGGAGGGGGAGCCCAUAUCCAACCCAGCUGCCCCAAGGACUACCCCCUUCUUUGCUCCUCCAGCCCCCUUCAUUUAUUUUUCCUUAGGGCUCUCUCAGCGUGCGUAUUCCUGCCCCCGUUUGUGGAUCGGGUUCGAGGGGAAAUGUUUCUACUUCUCUGAAGUGGAAAGGAACUGGACGUCGAGUCGGGAUGACUGCCACACGCGCCGCGCCAGCUUGGCCGUGAUCCAGUCCAAGGAGGAGCUGGAGUUCGCGCUGCGCUACAAAGGUUUUCCUGACCACUGGAUCGGGCUGAGCCGCCAAAACCCGAGCCGGCGCUGGGAAUGGGAAGAUGGGACCAAAUUCAACAGCUCGCUGUUUCUCGUCGGAGGAGGCGAGGACUUUGCUUUCUUGAACGACCAAAAAGUCACCAGCGCUCGCAGCAGCGGCGAGCGGCACUGGAUCUGCACCAAGCCGCAGAGCAGGCGGCCGUGAGGCCAGCAGGCACGGCGCCUCCAGAAUACCUCACAUCUUGGUGCCCUGGUGGACGUUUCGAGAACCUGACGUGGCGGGACAGGACGCAGGGUUCAUUUCUCAGGCCUGCAGGUGGCGUUCUGUUACAGCUAACGCGCUUUUGGAGCCUUCUCACGUUUUCUGUCUCCUACCAGCGAGUUUCCUUCUGCAGAACGUUUUGUCUUCUCAGACUCUUCUGCACUACAUUAUUUUUGCUUCAUCUUUAUCGAUGCCUAGCAUUAAGAUUGAUAGCAGAGGCAAGGCUGCAUCAGGAAAAGCAGCGAUGUAGCACGUUGUUUAACUGACAACAGGCACUCCAUUUCAUUUUUAGACCAUAAAACUCUUUUCUCAAAGAAUUUGCACUUUUUUAGCACAGGAGAAGGUGCUAACUUUUUUUUAUAACGGAGGGGCAUUUUAAAAUACAGUAUUUUGCCAAAGAGAUAUCAGUAUUGUGCAUAGGCAGAAGAUAUCGCAGGGUGGAUGGGAAUAUUUCAAAACACACGAUCCUGGAACUGGUUUGGGCUGGAAGAAAGCUUCAAGAUUGUCUAGUUCCAACCUCGCUGCCCUGGGCUGAAGUCCCUGAGGUCCUGCUUGGGGGGAAGCAGCUGUAACCCAUCACUUCUGCUGGUGCUAGCCCGAGAAAUGCGAGUAGUGGGUGUGUUGCUUUGACAAGGAGCAACUUCUCGUGCUUGCAGUUCCUCCUGUACUUGAGCAAACAUUUCAAUGCCUCCCAGGCUGGAUUGUGGAGGCAGUCUGGAGUCAGGUCUACGUUCAUUUCAAAUGCUGCCUGUGGAGGAAAACGGUGCCUUUCUCUUGCUUUUCUGCUCCUCUGUAUCUUUGCACUUUAUCAGCAGUAUUCUUCUGUGUGCUGUUUUCGUUUAUAUGUAAUUUCCAAAUAAAAUAUUUUUUUUAAA